CCGAGAGAGCCAGGGCCUGCGUAGGCUCAGGGACUGUGGGUUCGCGCUGUUAGGGGUCAGUGGUGAUGUGGACAGACAUGACUCAGCCAAGCCAAGGAUUAUCAGUACUUCUUAAUAGAAACAUGAGUCUUGACCGAUUUUAACGCCAUUAUGGUCUCUAAUCCUUAAUGGCUUAAAAUUAGGAGAAAUGACGGGUGUUAUGAAGAUACGUACUGUGAAGUGAAGAAGGGUUGCGUAAUUGGUUCAUCACAACAGCCAAAACGCACGGACACUGCCGAUAUGGACACAGUAUGGCUCGUGGAACCCGGCACGCCCCAACACUGGCCUUGUCACUCAUAUUUUGUCUACUGUCGAUCUGUCUACGGGCCUCAUCAGGUGAGUCCAGUGAAAUCAAUUCGGCUGACAGGUUGAAACUGCCUUAUUUGAAUGGGACUUGCUCCGCACACGAAAGGAAACAUAGAAUCGGGAAAUCGGAGUGCGACCGUACGUUUGUGAGCCGUGCUGGUGGGCCGCAGAACGGGACAUUCACAGCUCCUAUUUUGGUGAACUCAGCUGGACACUCGCGGCAGUGCGUCUACACAUUUCUCGCUGCCCCAAAUCAACGCGCACAGAUCACAUUCACAGGGUUCGACCUUCGCGGAACACCACCUGAGUGUGCGCACGAGUACCUCGACGUCUACUCUGAGGUUCAACAACCAGAGACAUCAGAGUUGAUCAAUUCACCUUUUGGAGGGAGGUUCUGUGGCCCCAUACCACCGAGGAGAAGGAUCUCCCUUUAUCGAGCAAUCGCUAUAAGCUUCUAUACCGAUAAGAACAUCACCACCCCUGAGCUUUUCGCAGGCCGUUACUCCUUCAUCAACGACUCGGAGUAUCAAAUCGGCACCCCAGCUCCUACUUCACUGUGCUCAUAUACAAUUCAUGCCGAACAGAAACGUCAGGGUAACAUAGUAUCCCCAACAUACCCAGGAAGCUACCCUAAGGAUCUCACCUGUACUUACCUGCUCCUAGGAAAACCUGGUCAAAGGGUACGGCUGGAGUUCAGGGAUUUUGAUCUUUUCUAUGGUGGACCUCACUGCCCGUUUGAUGUUUUAAAGAUCUAUGAUGGCAUCACAAACGAUUCGGCUGUCAUAGGUACCUACUGCGGUCAACAGAGAAAUCUCGUUUUGUAUUCCUCUGAAUCAACCAUGUUCAUUGUCUUUGAAACUCUACAGCGCACUGCCAACACACAGAAUCGAGGUUUCAAAGGCAUUUUUGAAUUUAGUGAAAGUUUUGUUAAGUUAGAUUUUAUUGGGAAAAAUGAUGGUGAGCAUAUAAGAGGAUCUGAAUGUGAUCAGAAAAUUUUGAGUAAAAAGGAAUCAAGUGGAUAUGUAUUCAGUCCCAACUAUCCGUUUCCUUAUAUGCCAAAAAUAGUCUGUCGAUAUUUCAUUUAUGGAAUGCAAGACUCACAACAUUUAGAACGAGUACGCUUAGAAUUCUUAAAGUUUGAUAUACCAAAAGGAGAAAAAGGAGACUGCAGUGAUGGCUAUUUGAAGUUGUAUUUAAAAGGGCAAGAAGCGACAGAUUCUUAUGAAAAAUUUGACCAUGAGCUGUGCGGUAAAGAGAUCAAGCCAAACAUUGUUGUGUCCGAUGGCCCAAGAUUAGUGAUGGUUUUCAGCAGUGGUGAACUCCAAGGGCAAGGUUUUAAAGCAAAAUAUACUUUUGAAACAGAAUAUCGAAUUCCGGGAACAGCAGCCCCUGAUGGUAGUUGUACAUUUACAUACAGAAGUUCAAGCAGGAAAAAGGGAGAGUUCAAUUCUCCACGAUACCCUUCAAACUAUCCAAGUCAGACCAACUGCACAUAUGUGUUCAAUGCAACACCUAACGAACAAGUCUCACUUAUAUUUGAUCAUUUUCGAGUUCGUGCAGAUGCGAUAAAUGGAACAUUUGGCUUUUAUGGUUCUUCCAUCUGUUUUGAAGACUGGCUGGAGAUGUACAAUCUAUACAGGGACGGUACGGAGAAGCUGAUCGGACGAUAUUGCGGUAUGACAGCCCCUGGCCCGUUGGACUCCAACAGGGGGGCUAUUGGCCUAAAAGUCAUCCUACAUACUGAUAAGGAAGGAGUUUACAGUGGCUUUAAAGCACGGUACUCCUUCGAUGUCGCUAAGUCAAUUUUUGGAGACUGUGGUAGCAAUGUGAGUAGCAGCCAUUACGGAGUUAUUGUUAGCCCAAACUUCCCAUUGAAAUAUGGAGGUCCGAUUAAAGGAGUUGCCAGUAAAACAUGUAACUGGUACAUUAAUGUCCGCCCAAACCAUAAGGUCUUACUCAACUUUGAACAAUUUGCUAUAGAGGGUGAACCCAAUACAAGAGGUUGUCCAGCAGCAGUUGUCCGACUAUGGUACACUCUUGAUGGGCCCCCAUUAGAACUUUGCGGGGAAAAGAAGGACACUGAGAAAUGGCAAUACAUGUCAGAAUCCAAUUAUAUCCGUAUAAGUUUCAUAUCUGCAGACAAAUCAGUUGGUGCAAAAGGGUUCAAAGCUGUAUGGACUGAAGUGGCAGAUUCAGGUGAAAAUUGUGAUGAGUUUCGCUGCCAACAAAGCAGUUUCUGCAUUGCAGAUAAACUUCGCUGUAACAGGGUCGCUAAUUGUGGAGUUAAUGAUACCUCAGAUGAAAUUAACUGCAUCACAGAAGUUGCAAUGGAAAUUUUCUGGCCAUCAGUCAUCGGAGUAGGCUGUAGUCUCCUAUUGAUUGGACUUGGUUGUUUAUUGUGUAGGCGCUUACGCUCAAGGAGGCGUCGUCCUCACCAUCUCCAUCUUCCUCGCCCUCCACCCCCAACUUCGCGACAGCGUGUAUGCGAUGAACUAGGACAGAGGUUUGCAAGCGUCGACAGUGUCUGAUCCUUGCUCAACCCAACCUGUCAAACCCACAGACUACACUUUCAUCUACCUAAGUUUAAAUUCAGAUAAAUUAUAAGGCAUGUAUUUUUACUCCAAAUACAUAAAUAUUUCUAGUAAUUGCUUUAUAGUCCCAAAAUAAAUUUUUUCAAAUGCUAAAAUUUUUGACAAUAGCACAUAGAAUAGAUGCAUUUAUGUUACAAAAGUUAUCUAUCAUCAUAUGGAAGUGUAUGGUGCGGGGAUGACGGUUCCCAAAUAAAUUGGUGUUAAAUAAUUAAAACAUUAAAUAACUAAAAUAAAAUAAAGAACACCUGAAUUACGUUUUAUACGGUGCAGAGGAAAGUGAAUAACCUCCUAACUUUUGUAAUUAUCGUUGAUCGAAUUAUACUUAGUAUCCAUACUAGUGUUAUAUUUACAAAAAAAAAUAUAUAUGUAUUAUAAUAAAUUCAGAAAAUUAAUUAAGGCGUUUGCAAAAUGGAAGGGGAUCUCGACGGAAUUUCCAAAGUGCACUGUGUCAACUUCAACGAAUUCUGGUCAGGCUUUGUGAAUACGUGCUGUGCAGUCCUUGCUCAUAUAUACAGACAGUAAACUACUGUUUUUGUAUCCUUUGUUAAUAUAAUGGGAAAAAAUAUUGGACA